UCACCGGACCCACGAUGAAGAUUCAUACACUACUUUUAGCGAUAGUUAUGGUCAGUGUUACAGCCUCUGACAAUGAUACGCCAGCUGACGUAAUGGCCAGGAACAUUCUGGAGUGGAUUCAGGGUAUUUAUCGUCAAGGUGUUAGAAAAACUCGCCAGGAGAGUAACGCUUACUUACCACCGUAUAGUACGCAACGGCCGCCAGAGAAGCCACGACCAUUUCAGCCAGCACCAACACAGCAGCCACCAAAUUAUUCGAAUCCAAGUCAGAAUGAGGUGACCGGCGCUUUCCCGGAUUACGGAAGUCCACCAGGUUAUACACCCGGAGGACAAGGAUUCACAUCUAAUCGACCACCUUCGAGACCGGGAUUUACCACUGAGCAGCCUCAGUACAGCCAAACGAGCGCAGGUGGCUCUUCGUCAACAUUCGGUGGCUAUUCAACGUCUUCCACUACAUACUUACCUCCUAGCCAAACGCCCAACAGCGGUUACCCUUAUCCCUCUCCUGGAAGCAGACCAACUCCAGGAUUCCCAACGCCUAAUAGGCCCACGCCUCCACGGCCUGGACCUGCCCCAGGACCUGGACCUGCACCAGCACCUGGUCCAGCACCAGGACCCAGUCCAGCACCGGGUCCCGGACCAGCACCAGGACCUGGACCAGCACCAGCACCUGGACCAGCACCAGGACCUGGGCCAACACCAGGACCUGGACCAGCACCAGGACCUACGCCAGUUGAUGACGACCUAAAACAUCCACCGCAUAUCCAUAGUUUGGAUGUGAUGUGUAGUAAAACUAUGAUGACUAUCGAUAUUGAAUUUAAUCGAGUAUUCGAUGGCGUUAUUUAUUCAAAGGGAUUUUUCAUGAUGCCACAAUGUCGAUACGUAGAACAAAACUCAAAUCAGAUGAAGUAUACUUUCACCGUCAAUUUAGAUUCUUGUGGAACACAAUUUAUCAACGACUUCGAGGGAGAUUUAGGUCAAUCGUAUUUGGAAAAUGUAUUAGUUUUGCAAAAUGAACCUGGAAUUCAAGAAGUAUGGGACACAGUGCGCACCGUUCGUUGCUUAUGGGAGGGCAAUAUCAACAAGGCCCUAACAGUCAGCCUCUCAGUGGACAUGUUAAAUCAGGAAAUCGUGACUUUCAGUGGUGACACGGCGACUGCAAAGCUGGACAUUCAAGUAGGCAAGGGUCCAUUUGCACCGGCAGCUAAUGGUCUUGUGAAGAUCGGCGAAACGAUGACUCUUGUCGUUUCUGUCGAAGGAGAUCCUGGCUUCGAUUUGCAGGUUCGCGAUUGUAUAGCUAGAGAUGAAGCUGGUACUAAUACGUAUCAGUUAACGGAUGAGCGAGGAUGCAUUCUAAAGCCAAAACUGUUUGGCGCUUUCCAAAAAACGAAAGAAACCGGAAACUCGGGAGCUUCGAUUAUAGCGUAUGCUUUCUUCCAAGCUUUCAAAUUUCCCGAUGUUAUGGAUUUGUUCAUCGAAUGUAACGUAGAGCUUUGCAAGACGAAUUGUGAACCUUGUCCAGAAGCUAAUCAGCAAAUUGAACCAGGUCGACGACGACGUUCCAUCAGUUAUCCAGGCUCGUCGAACUGGACACGUGAGCACGCCGGAGAAGCAGUACGAAUAGCUCGAGGCUUCCGCGUGGUUAUGCCCGAUGAUUUGCCGGAUGCUCUGGCUCUUGCGCCUUUCGACGAGAUCACCUCUGAGACAAGUUCUCAGCUUCUGUCUGCCGAAGCAACUGCUCUAGGAGUCUGUCUUAGCUAUACCAGUUUCUAUACAGCCUUCGCGACAAUUCUCAUUGCUCUGGUCGUCAGUAGUUUGAGUGUUGCGUUCAUGUACAUCAAACUCCAGCGAAUUCGCCAUGGCAAGAGCCACGAUAUGCCAAGGUGCUCUUAA